UAUUUUUUAAGGGAAGAAACACUGGACCGAGGGUCAUUUGGGAAGCUCGGGGACUGGCAGCGAUGUACUCCCUGGCACUGUUCACGUGCGUAGUUGCUCUGAGCCACUGGGCUCUUGCAGCGAAAGUCUGUCCCAGGCCACCAGAAGUGCUAUUUGCCACAAUUGAUGUAAACAAAAGCGUGUAUGAAGUGGGUGAGCAAAUAGAAUAUACCUGUAGGCCCGGGUUCAUCCCCAAUAACGGCCAAAGGAAGUACAGCUGCCUCCCGACUGGCAAGUGGCCUCUCAAUACGCUGUUAUGCCUACCAAAGAGAUGUCCCAGUCCUGGACCCUUGCCCCAUGGAAAAAUUGAUUUUAUAGACCUCCACUAUCAGAGUUCUAUAAGUUUUUCAUGUGAACCAGGUUACAACCUUGUUGGGACAAGAACGAGCCAAUGCAUGGCAGAUGGAAAGUGGAGUGGAACUUUUCCACAGUGUCAACCGGUAACUUGUGCACCUCCCUCGCUUCCUGAAUUUGGAGUCCUUUCUUACCGUCACUUAAAACCUGGAAAUAUUUCAAAGUUCCUGGACACAAUUACUUUUGAAUGUGUACCUCCUCUUGCACUUAUUGGGAAUGAGACAGCUACCUGCAUGGCCAAUGGGAACUGGAGCACCAUUCCAGAGUGCAAGGUUGUCACAUGCCCCACUCCAACAGGAAUAGAAAAUGGAUUCAUAGAGUUUGCUGUUCGUAGAACCUAUCACUAUAAUGAAAGCGUCAGCUUUGGCUGCCAGUCCAGCUACGUGCUGGACGGACCUAAGCAUUCCCGAUGUGAAAAGACUGGAAACUGGUCCACAAAGCCAACCUGUAAAGGACCAUGUAAAAUACCAGUUAAGAAAGCUGUAGUAUUAUACAACGGUGAGAAGAAAAGAGUUCAGAAUGACCUUAAGGAAGGCAUUCAGCAUGGUGAAACUAUAUCCUUCUUCUGCAAGAAUAAAGAAAAAUCCUGUGCCUACACUGUAGCUGUUCCAUGUGUGGAUGGCAACCUUACUCUCCCUGCCUGUUUCAAAGAACGUGGCUUUUUUUCAACUCUUGUGAAGAAGGACCCAUCAGAGAUGAAACCAUGUGAAGAUCAAGCAUGAAUCAGAGAAUACGGUACUAAAUUUCUGCCUUACUGAGACAAAACAUUACAUAUAAGGCAGGAAAACUUAGGUCCCGUGAGUGUAAAUUUCCAGCCAAACUCUGGACUCUCUGCAAACACAGUCUCAGCUGUUUUCCCUAGCACCAUCCCUACCAGCCUCUUUCACAAGCUAUGACACAUUAUUUCAGCCAUUAACUUUCACUCUCUUUUCUCUGCCUUCUUCAAAAUCCCUGCAAUACCACUUCUGUUUCCAUAUUUCCAACAUUUAUGCAACUGCAAAUGACUUUCUCAAUAGCAGUCCCUUUACAAUAAAGUAAUUUUCAGCCAA